GUCAAGUGGGAGGAGCAAGCAUAACGAAUUGCUCGGUCUAUGCAUUCCUGAUUUCAUCUGCAAAACAAGAGUUCCCCAACACCUAUCAGGCCGUUAGAGCGACGAUAUGUUGUUCAAGUUUUGCGGUGACCGGGAUUGCCCCGACUGGCUUCUCGCCGAAAUCGGUUCUCUGUCGAAGAUCAGCUCCGUGAAAGUCAAGUUGCUCUGCGCGCAAGUGGUCAACGGUCUCCUGCACUCCAAGAUAGACUUCGAUAAGGUAGCCAAACUGACGGCAGACUCCAAGUUCACGGAGGACGAUGUCAAAGGCGUGCUCAUGGCCUUGGAAUUCAUACUGAAGAACUCCACCAAGUUCUCCGUCGACGAGGAGACGCUCGUGAACGAACUCACGCAGCUAGGUCUUCCUCGGGAGCACGCGGUCUCGUUGAGCAAAGUCUACGCGGAUCGCUGUACAGAGAUACUGGCCGUGCUGAAAGAACAAAGUCUAAGGUUGUCCUCGCUAGAAGGAACGCCUCAAUGGCGCCUGGACUACGUGCUAGAAUCGAGCGUAGCCGGAGAAGUGUGCCAACCGUCGGUUCAGAUGAAACUCGCCGUAAGACAAGGCGACGAAGUCAAGCCUGUGCAUUUCACCAUGUCCGCCGAAAAGUGUGGAGUCAUGCUUCACGAGCUAAAGCAACUUCACAAAGUGAUGAAAAGCCUUGAAGAGUCUUAAAGCUUUCCGAUGUCUU